UUUUAACUUGACUUUCAGAAGCCAUCUAUAUCUCCUCUCCUAUAUAUCUCUCCAUAUAUGUUGAUUGUACUUUUAACUUUUGUCGUGUGUUAUUGGGCCAGCGCAUCCACGCUUUAAAAAUAAAACAACUGAAAUAAGUUGACAUUUAUAUAAACAACUCCAGUGAAUAUUUCCGACCAAUUAAGAUGGAUGAUACGUGGAAUAAUGUCGAGUUAACAAGCAUAUCGCGACGAAAAUCGUAUACCUUGAAUCACAGUUACGAUUCAAGUUCUAAAUAUUCCGCAUUUAAUAACAAUGAAAACGAAAAGCCAUCACAGGAUGAGGAACCAUCUUCUACUGCUCAAACUGUAAAUGGAACCGAUCAAAAAUGUCUCCAACCUGGAUCUGAUAUUAAACCCAAUGUAGCUAAUGAACAAGUAGAAAGCCUGCUUCGGCGUCUGUUUGGAAUAACCAUAGGAGAAAUGAAGGAGUUACUGGCAUACGAUGACCGAAAUUAUUUCAUUAAGGAAGAUCCGAACAUUAAAAAUCCCCUUAUUGUAUCACAUUGUCCCCAUGGUUAUGUUUUGAAAAUUCUCAAUGCAUUGGAUUCUAAAAAGGAGGACUUUGUUGACGCCCAAAACCAAUUGAUGUUAUACUUAUCAAAAUAUAUAGAGUGCCCUCGUCCGGUGGCAAAUGUUAACGCCAAACUUUACAGUGUUGAAAACAUAAAUGGAACGCAACACAUUGUGAGACUAUUGGAAUUUGUGCCCGGAAAAAUGUUCCACGAAGUUCCAACAACCAACUAUUUACUCUAUCAGUCCGGAGAAUAUUUGGCGAAAAUGGUCAAGGCUUUGAAGAACUUCCAACACGAGGCAUAUGAUUCACACACAAGUACGUGGCAAUUGCAAUCGGUACCACAGAUUAAAAAGUUUCUAUAUGUUUUGGAAGACCAUUCUCGCAAGGCUUUGGUCGAAGAAGUAAUGGAGGCCUUUGAAAAAACUGUUCUUUCUAAGCUUGAUACAUUCGAAAUGCAGAUUAUACAUGGCGAUUUUAAUGAGCAAAACAUCAUUGUGGAGCCUUGUGCAAAUGGACAAGAUUAUAAAAUAAAGGCCGUAAUUGAUUUCGGAGACACAAACAAAUCGCCAAUUCUAUUUGAAAUCGGCAUUGCCCUUACUUACAUGUUAUUGCAAGCCAAGAGCUUGGAGAGUGGUGGUGUUUUUCUGGCUGGUUUCGAGACCAUACUCCCCUUGAAUGCUGAAACUAAGUCUUACCUGAAAUAUUGUGUAGCAGCACGUUUGGCACAAAGUUUGGUAAUGGGAGCCUAUACUCAUUCUCUACAUCCGUCCAAUGAAUACGUGCUUGUAACCCAAGAACAGGGUUGGAAACUUAUUGAAGAGUUGUGGCGUGAAAAGUGGGAAACUAUUGAUGAUAUAUGGAAAACAUCAUGUGAUAACUAUUUACAAAGCAGCGUCAAGUAACAAUGUUAAUUGUAUUUUAUGGUGUGGCCUUUGAAUUUCCAUAUUCUUGUGUUUGUUUAAUGCCUUUUUGUUAUAUAUUUUGAUAUUUUACUAACAAUGUUUUUUUUAAUCAAUUGCAAUUCGUCUUCCCCCCUGAUGUCGUCAAUUAUCUACACAUGUUUAAUCGAAAGUAUUACUUGUAUUACAAAUAAAUUUUAUCUAAACUA